UGCCAGCUGCCGGAGGCUCCCUCCCUCUCUCUCUCUCUCUCUCUCUCUCUCUCUUUCUCAAUUACUGCGUAGUUUCCUAAGUCGUUCAGGUUAAGAGUGUUGUUGAACCUUUGGAGCAGCGAUGAACGCACAAGAACAUGGCAUUGAUGAAUCGGAAGAUGAAGCUGUUGAAGAAGAGGAUUAUUUGGAUGAUUCUGCUUUUGAUAACGAUACAUGUGGAAUAUGUACAGACAUUGUUGUUGAAAGAGGAGUUAUAGACUGUUGUGAACACUGGUUUUGCUUUACAUGCAUUGACAACUGGGCUGCCAUUACAAACCGCUGCCCACUUUGCAAGAGUGAAUUUCAGUCUAUUACUUGCCUUCCAGUGUAUGAGACCACUGGAAGCAUCAAAGCAGAGGAGUAUUCUCUUUCGAGAGAUGUCAAUGAUUGGUAUGUCCAAGGGGAGAGCAACACACUUUCCUUCCCUUCAUACUACAUUGAUGAAGAUGCAGUCAUAUGUUUGGAUGGUGGUGGAUGCAAAAUUCGAACUGGACUUUUAACAGCUGAGGAUGAUGUGGCUUUUGAUACAUCAAUUGCUUGUGAUUCAUGCGAUAUAUGGUAUCAUGCUACAUGUGUUGGAUUCAAUUCUGAAUCUGUACAGAAAAAAUCAUGGUUGUGCCCUAGGUGUAUACCUGCUGAAGGCCAACAAAAUUUAGAUUCUUUCUUAAAACAGAACCCUGAUGGAAAUUCCAUUGUGACAAUUGAUUCAUCCUUUGCUGGGAAGGUAUCAGUAUCUAUUGCUGAUGAUGGUGAGACAGCUGUCGUUGUCUCAAUGGUUGGAGCACAACAGAAUACAGAAACCAGUAAAAAAUUUCCAUGGGAGAGUCCAUUAGAUUUAAGUACAGGGAAAGGAAUUGAAAGUUCGUCUUAUGACUCAAAUACCGGUAAUGGGGAACUCUUUUAUAAGUCAUCGGAAAUGGGUGAAACCCAAUCAGAUGUACUGAUGGAGAAACCAUUAGAAUUCUCACCUAUAAGGGAGUCUGCCCUAGAGGCGUCUACUUCUGAACCGGAAACUGAUGCACUUAAUGCCUCACUGAGAUUACCAGACAGUGUAGCAUUCUCUUCCUUCUCAGCAAUAGCUGGUGGUUUGGAAACCAAAAAUGAUGUUGUAGACAAUGAAUUUUCUAAAUACAGCCCUAGCAUCAAUUCUCCGAUCAGAGCAUCUGUCGGCACCUUGUCAGGUGACCAGAAGGUAGGCAUCACCAAUAAGAAUAUGGGUGAUGGUAUGCACCAAGAAGAUACUAAAGUUGAAGAUUUGAUGGAAACUUCAGUGAAUGCUCACUUUGAUGCUGAUAUAGUGAACAGCCACAGCAGAAAAGGAGACUCCCAGACUAGAAUAGAAGCCGACUAUCCUGUAAAGAAAGCAAAAUUAGAUGUAAAAUCUCAAAACUUGUCCUUGGAAAGCCAUUCUACCCCUUCAGCAUUGAAAUGCCAUACUUCUUCCAGAGAUACAGCAAUUGGUGAAGACGAUCAAUCAGAUUAUGUCCCAGAAGAGGGAUCGGUUCCUAGUGAUAUAAUGAGUAUAGUUCAAGGAACACAGCACAGAUUGCACCAUCAUAGAGAUGGGGAGAAGUUUUUGAAUAGAAAUGAAGGAGAUAAAUCUGGGCCUAGAGUGAAAAAGAUCAUGCGAAGAGCAGAAAAAGAAAAUGAAUCAUCCAUCUUGGUUCAAAAACUGCGAAAAGAGAUUAGAGAGGUUGUUGGAGAUACAGCGUUGAAGAGCUCAAAGGAUGAGCCAUUUGACGGAAAGCUUCUUACUGCGUUUAGAGCAGCUAUAGGAAAACCUGAAGUUGUGGAAACAAAGCUCGAUCCUUCACUUCUAAGGGCAAGGAAAUCUUUGCUGAAAAAAGGAAAAGUACGUGAAAAUUUGACAAAGAAAAUAUAUGGAACUUCAACGGGAAGGAGAAAGCAUACAUGGGCCCGUGAAUGGGAAGUCGAGUUCUGGAAGUACCGAUGCUCAAGUGCAAAGCCUGAAAAGAUUGAGACGCUACAGUCAGUUCUUGAACUUCUUAAAAAGUUUUCAAAUUCAUCUGCAGAGAACUUUGAAAUCAAUCAAGAGCCAAAGGGGGGAACUGAGAAUUCCAUCUUAUCCAGAGUGUAUCUAGCUGAUGCAUCAGUUUUCCCAAGAAAGGAUGAUAUAAAGCCUCUCUCUGCUCUUAAUGGGUGCUCAUCAGUGGAGACAAAUAACCAGAAUACCACAAACAAAUCUGAUUGUCUAUCAGAAAAAACUCCAAAAGUAGUUUCUAGGGGAACAUCCAAUGUUAAAGUUUCUUCAUCUGGUAACACAGGUAAAAAGUCAAGUUCAAAUUCACAAAAGGAAGCUAAUCAACCUGAUUGCAAUAAGCGUGACAAAAGGCAAUGGGCGCUUGAGGUUCUUGCCAGAAAGAAUGCUUCCUCAAGUUCAAAUGCAAAUAAGGACAAACCUGAAGAAGGAAGUGAGCUUAAGGAGAAGUAUCCUUUCAUGGCGCAACUUCCAAUUGAUAUGAGACCAAAGCUAGCAAGUAGCCGCCAUAAUAAAGUUCCUGUAACAGUUAGGCGGGCGCAACUUUACCGUAUCACUGAACAUUACUUAAGAAGAACAAAUUCAACAGUCAUUCGUAGAACAGCAGAUACUGAGUUGGCUGUUGCCGAUGCGGUUAAUAUAGAAAAGGAGAUUGUAGAAAGGUCCAACAGCAAGUUGGUUUACAUUAACCUUUGCUCACAGGUCCUCCGCCAACAUCCUAAGCCAGAAGCUGGAUCAGCUGCUUCAUCUUCAGCAGCAACCACUGAGUGUAGUAUUGAUGAGUUGACAAAAGAAACAUCAUUCACGCAUGAAGACACUCCAUGCAGCGAUGAUGUGGAAGAGGCAUUACGAAGGGCAGGCCUUUCUUCUGAUUCCCCUCCAGAUAGCCCGGAAAGAAAAGUGCCAAUUGUUGUUGAAGGAGAUCCUUUAGUAAACGUUAGAGAAGAAUGCCUCGAGAACCCUCAGAAUGCAGAAAAAGCAGCAACUUCUAAUAUUGAAGAAGGCUUUGAAGGAUAUCCUUCAUUAACUGUUAGAGAAGGCGUUGAGAACACUCAGAACCCAGAAGAAACAGCAACUUCUAACAUUGAAGAAGGCUUGAUUGUGAAUCAAGAGGUGAUUAGUGACAUUGUGAAAACAGAUACUAUAGCAAAUUCUCCCUCGAUGCUAAAACCCUCUGAAGUAGAUACAGGUAGGGACAAGGAAAGUGAAGAGCCGAAUGGGCCAGAGAAGGAUCUUUUGGUAAAUAGGACAUCUGAUGAAGCGAAUGUGUCAGAGAAGGAUCCUUUGGUAAAUAAGAUAUCUGAUGAAACUAUUGAACAUUUAAGCAACACCACUAAUAUGGAAGAAGCGGCCAACAACUUGAAUCCUUGUGAAAGUGGGAUGAAUAGGCCAAUGGAUGGUGCUACUGUGUCGGAGUUGGGGAGCAAGAACUGUGCUGAAAAUAAUGUUGCCGAUGAUGAGCCACCUUCUAAUUGCAAAUCAUCCGGAGGAGAGAAUGAAACAAAUUCUCUGAGGAGUAAGAACGAAGCAAGGGAGGCCAAGUCCACGUCCAGCAGUAACAAGUCGGCUAAUUCCACUGAUUCCAUAUUGAAGAAGCUGGAAGCAUACGUCAAAGAACACAUCAGGCCGCUGUGCAAAAGCGGUGUAAUUACUGUCGAACAAUAUCGAUGGGCAGUCGGAAAAACAACUGAAAAGGUUAUGAGGUACCAUCAGAAGGACAAAAAUGCAAAUUUCCUCAUCAAGGAGGGUGACAAGGUGAAAAGGCUUGCCGAGCAGUAUGCUGAAGCUGCUGCUCAGCAAAAGGAAGCAUUAUAGCUCCUCUUCAUGGACAUUAAUAGUUCUAGUGAACCAUUUUUCUUCCCUAUCUAUUUUCUUCUAAUUCUGUACAUAUACAACCUUAGAAUGCUCCGUUCUAUCCUUCAUCAAUUUCUUAAACAACUCAGCUAUAAAUAUGUAACCGAUUAUCAGAGGAGGUGUGGAGAGUAGUGUUUUGUGUUGGUCUACCGGCCGUUUGGAAUCAUGUGGCUCAGUAAUUGUUGAGGCAGGACCGGCGUAACUGUGAUUGAAACGUGCACACAAGUGGUUUCUUGUACGUAUUAUCAACUGUUAUGAAUUUACACAAGCUUUUUGUUGCUUUGCUAUUGAA